AAUUGGUCAUGCUUUGACGGUUCACAGUUGUAUAUUAGGACAGCCUGAAUGUCGUCCAAACGAAAUAAAUAUGAGCGUAGGGUGCAGUCAGCGAAAAGAAGAGCAAGAUCAGAACUUGGCGAGUCUGCACACAACUGGUAUGCAUGUGCAUAUGCAGAUAAAUUCGAUCUGUCACUUAAUUCUGUACAUGAUCGUUGUCCGCGUAUUAAUGCCUGCAAAGUUUCUUAUGAAGAAUUUGUAACUAAAUAUGAGCGUCCGUAUCAACCUGUAGUAAUUCAAAACAUUCAGAAAGAUUGGAAAGCGAAUGAUAAUUGGACAAUCAAGCGUUUAGGUAAAAAAUAUCGCAAUGAAAGAUUCAAGUGCGGAGAAGAUGAUAAAGGCAAUUCUGUUAAAUUAAAAAUGAAGUAUUUUGUUCAAUAUAUGCAAGAAAAUAAAGAUGAUAGUCCACUGUACAUAUUCGAUGCAAACUAUGGUGAACAUCCCAAGCGUAAAAAGCUACUGAAUGAUUAUGAAAUAUGCAGCUAUUUCAAAGAAGAUUUGUUUUCUCUAGGCGGGGAAAAAACACGACCUCCUUAUAGGUGGUUUGUGAUGGGUCCACCACGUUCUGGUACUGGUAUACACAUAGAUCCCCUUGGAACUAGUGCUUGGAACGCGUUAGUAAAAGGAUAUAAAAGAUGGUGCUUGUUUCCACCUAAAACUCCAAAAGAUCUUGUUAAACCGAAACCAUCUGAUGGUGGCAAGAAUCAGAACGAGGCUAUCUCCUGGUUCGUUCACGUAUAUCCACGCACCCAAGCAUCCGACUGGCCGAUAGAGUAUACUCCUAUUGAAAUACUUCAGUGUCCUGGAGAGACUGUUUUCGUCCCAGGGGGUUGGUGGCAUGUUGUCCUCAAUUUAACUGAUACCGUCGCUGUCACACAAAACUUCUGCAGGUUGUUUUUCAUGCAAAUGCAUUGAGUUUUUAAAACGUAGGAUUUUUCAAAUCCAGGCUGUAAAAUGUUUUGUCCGUCCUAACGGCCAGAUCACUUUGAAGUGAUUGAUAUGCAACAAAAUUAUGCAUCUUAUAUCAAUAAUGAUCAGUCAUAAAAUUUACGGUUAAGGCUUUGUAAACCUAUGCAAUAAUAUUUAUUUUUCCCACUUAAUUUCGCUUGAUUAGCACAUAUCAUGAAUGAUCAGGUAAAGUCUACUUUUAAAUUGCAUGUUUUGGCAAUAUUACGUGUUGUUGUAGUAUAUCAUUUCAUACUUCCGAGAAGCUUAAUUUACAUAUCUUGUGACAAUCAUUCCUCCUUAAUGAUUUCAGUUCGGCGAAUUUUCCUGUUGUGUGGCACAAAACUGCUCGUGGAAGACCAAAGUUCGCCAAAAGAUGGUUAGUUGCUCUUCGAACUCAUCGUCCUGAUUUAGCGAGAAUCGCAGACAACACAGACCUUUCAAAGCACAUUCCUGAUGUACCAUCUUCUUCGUCAUCGUCUUGUUCGUCUUCUUCAUCUUCACGUUCAUCUUCAUAUUGUUCGACUUGUUCAUCCAGAAAUCGAUCUCCUGAUAAAACUUACAUACAAAACAUCCGGCCAGGGUUAUCUCCAGGUUCAAGAUCACCAUCUCCUAAGCGAAGGCGAUGACAACGUACUACAUGAAACCACAAAGGAUUUUUUCAGGGACAAAGUUAAUGUGUACACUUCUGCAAUAGCCCACUUUUGAAAUAAAGGACUUUUUCAUACUU